CCAUCCCCCAGCCCGGCGGAAGUGUGGCGGGCUGCCAUGCCAUGGGCGCGGCGGAUAGCCUGGCGCGGUGCCAGGACCUGGACUUCGGCAGCCGCAGGAAGGCCAAGCGGCACGGCUCGAGCAAUGCGGCCCUGGGCUGCAUGCAGAACGCGCAGCGCGCGGCACUGCAGCUUCUCUACGGGCCUGAGCCCGAGGAGGCCCGGCGAACGUUCGCCCAUCCGGUCUCCGAGCGGCUGCGGCUGUGCGGCUUGGGGGAGAAGGAGCGGGAGGAGGACCAGCAGCGUCACGAGGGCUUCUUCCAAGCGCUGCGGGUGGGCGACUUCCGACAGGUGGUGCACUGCGUGGAGGAGGGCGCAGACCUCACGGCGCGGACGCUGCGCGGCCAGGACGUGGUGAUGCUGGCCUCCACCACCCGCGCCGAGGGAGCGGUGGAGGUGCUCAAGUUCAUGGCGGAUGCCAAGAUCGGCAUCGAGAACCAGGACUGCCUGGGCUGGACACCGCUCUGCCACGCCUGCCGCAACAGCGCCCUGCAGGCCGCUACCUUCCUGCUGGAGAACCGGGCGCGGCUGGACUGCCAGGACAACUCGGGCCGCACCCCGCUGAUGCUCGCCUGCCUGGAAGGCAGCCUGGAGGUGCCGAUCCUGCUCAUCGAGGCCUCUGCACAGAUCCGGCUGCAGGCGCCUUCCGCGGGGCGGCUUCUUCGGUUCGCUUCCCGGGGGAAAGCGGCGGCGUGGAAGACGGCGGAAACAGUGGAACGCGCCAAAGGGGCGGCACGCCCAAGAAAGCAGCGGAACGCGCCCCAAAAAAGCCGUGGAGGACCACCGGGGCUGGACGGCCAUCUUCUACGCCGCGGAGCGGGGGAAGCAGGAGGUGGUGAAGCUGCUGCUGCGGAAGCUGGCGAGCCCCCACAUCAUCGGCAAGGAAGGCGUGUCCGCGCUGAUGGUGGCCUGCGUGCGGGGCAACGUCAUGGCGGCGAAGCAGCUGAUCAGGCGCCGCGCGGACGUGAACCAGGUGGAGAAGAACGGGAACUCCGCGCUGAUGCUGGCGCUCGCCGCCGCUCAGCAGGACCUCUCGGCCUGGCUGCUGCAGGAGGACGUGGACGUCGACCUCAGCAACGCGCUGGGGGAGACGGCCUACGACAUCGCGGCGGAGCAGGGCUUCAACUCCCUGAAGAGCACCAUCAUCAUGAUCUCCCGCAAGCGGGAGGAGGCGCAGCGCAAGGCCUCCCUGGAGGCGGCGGCGCUGGCGCUGGGCCAGGACUAGGACCUCGGACCGCUGUCUGAGGACCAUGAUGCGGCAAGGUCGCUCCGCAAGACGCGGGUGGCAACCAGACGCGCGCAUUCUUAUAUGCUCCCCGGUUGAUUGAACA